UGCAAAGGCAGGAGGCCUGGGGACAAGAGAGAUUUGUAACUACAACGCACUGCUUAAUUUUACACAAAGAACGGUUUGAGACAAGUGGCUUUUGUAUGCUGAGAAGUGUGCCCUGCAUCCAACGAAGCUAGAGCCUGUUUCAGCGGGGAGAAUAUUCACGACUGGAAAACAGCCAGAUGACGGAUGCCCACAACCUAAAUUGCUCAAGGUCAGGAAAACUGCUGAAGUGUAAGGAAAUGACCCGGCUUCCUGUGAGAUCUGACUUCCCCAGCGACCUGCGGCGGCUCCAAGGCCACCUCUCAUGUCCCAGCUCACGAUGGGCCUUAGGCUGGGCACAGUCAAUCAAUUGCUACUUGGCGGGAUUUGAGGGAAAGGGCAGGGUCCAGCCGCAGGUCAGACGUCCGAACAGGGUCCGGGCGGUUGCCCUCGGCAUGACCCGACCUCGCCUGCUGGUUGCAGCGCCCUUGUUACCAGGCUCGCUGCAGCGGGGGAGGCUGGGGUUUGCUCCCCGCUCAUUGGUAGGCAGAAAAGCGCCUCCGAGGAACCCUCGGUCCCAGGGGCGAGAACGAGAGCCCAUUGGUCAGGACACCUCACAAUGGCCCCGGCAGCGCGCAAGGUUCUUCCCAUUGGCUGGCUGCGGCCUCGGGAGACCCCUGUGGCCUCGAACGCAGGCAGCCUCCUUGGCGCCCCGGAACGAGCGCUCCCACGCCGACCCCCAGUCCUCAUUGGCUGUUCUGCGGGCCGCCGCCAUCUAACGAGCAGCGAGGCGCAAAGCACCCAAGCGCGCGCUCCCUGCGGCGGGAUCCAGUCCCGCGGGAGGGCGACCCGGCCGGAGCUGCAGGGGCCCAAGCUGAGGGCAAAGGUCCUGGAGCCCAGCAUCUCUGCGCAGGACGCCCGUUCUCCCUUGGCACCUCGUCUGGGUCACAGCCCGGGCCUCCCUCCAGAGCUCUGCAUCUCCAACCUGGAACCCAACCCGGAAGGCUCCAGUAAGUUCGAAGCACCCACGCGGCGCGCAAACCCACUCAGGGCCGACAGAGAGGGGCGUCCCAACUCCGUCCCAUCUGCACCUCCAUUCACGUCUCCCCUCAUCGUUUAUCCACCAACUGUUUAUCAGUUCUUUUACUUAGCAUUCCACGUCCACCCGCCCCCCACCUGUCCAAAUCCUUACUUACCUCCCUCGGUGUUGGGAAAUCCUGUGCCUAAAGAAUUCGAAUUGAGAUCCACACGGAGUGGUAGAGACGAAGGUGAACCUCCCAAGGAACGAUGUUCUACUAUCCCAGCGUGCUUCAGCGCCACACUGGCUGCUUCGCCACCAUCUGGCUGGCUGCGACGCGCGGCAGCCGGUUGGUGAAGCGCGAAUACCUGAAGGUGAACGUGGUGAAGACGUGCGAGGAAAUCCUCAAUUAUGUGCUGGUCCGAGUGCAGCCCCCGCAGCCCGGCCUGCCGCGGCCCCGCUUCUCCCUCUACCUCUCAGCCCAGCUCCAGAUCGGCGUGAUCCGGGUCUACUUUCAACAAUGCCAGUACCUCGUAGAGGACAUCCAGCACAUCCUCGAGCGCCUGCACCGUGCCCAGCUGCAGAUCCGCAUUGAUAUGGUGGAGCCUGAGCUACCCAGCCUGCUGCUUCCUAACCGCCUGACCAUGAUGGAGACCCUGGAAGAUGCUCCAGACCCCUUCUUUGGGAUGAUGUCUGUGGAUCCCAGACUUCCUAGCCCCUUCAGGAUCCCUCAGAUUCGACAUCUCUUAGAGGCUGUGAGCCCAGAGAGAGUUCUUGAGGAGAUCCCUCCUGAAGUCCCUCCAGAGCCUAGGAAGCCAGAAAGGGUCCCGGUCACUGUGGUGUCUCCCGAGGCCAUCACCCUCCUGGAGGCGGAGCCCAUACGCAUUCUGCACAUUGAAGGUGAACGGGACCUCCCAGAGAUCAGCCGCCGAGAGUUGGACCUGCUGGUUGCUGAGGAAGGCGAAGCUAUCUUGUUAGAGGAGCCCAAGGAGGAGCCCCGGGCCCUGGAGCCGGAAGCCAUAGUCCCUCCGCUCUCACCCACGGCUCUUGCAGAGUUGGAAAGGGCAGUAGAGCCCCUUCCAAGCGAGGUCCCAGCCCCUGAGGAGCUGAAGCUGGCAGUCUGGGAGCCUGCGGUCCCACUUCCUGGUGAGUGCCUGCCAUGCCUGGGUCCUUCCUGGGGGCACUUGCACACCUGCUGCAGACAAGGGCCCUGUAUUCCUACUUGCUGGGAGGACCCUCUAGGUGAUAGCCUGGGGGCUGUGAGGAUGACGGGUGUGGGGCAGAGCCGAGACCUAGAAUGUGUUGCAGAGGUGACCCCCCCGCUGGAGCUGCGUCUGCCGCCCCCAGUCAGCCCAGAGCGGAGGAGGCCCCCAGUCGCCCCACCUCCAAGGAGCCCACCUCGCCGCCGCCGCCGCCGGUUACUGUUCUGGGACAAGGAGACUCAGAUCUCCCGGGAGAAAUUCCAGGAACAAAUGCAGAUCAGAGCCCACUGCUGGGAGUGUCCAAUGGUGCAGCCGCCUGAACGAACCAUCACAAGCCCAGGAGAGCUGUUUCGAACCCCGACCCACUCUGGCCGGCUACCCCCAGAACUGCUGGCUUUCUGGACCCAUUGUGCCCAGCCACCCCCAAGAGCACUCCGGCGAAGGCCGCCCCUGGAGCCUGAAGAGGAGGCUGCUGAGAGGGAGCUAGUGGCUGAGGAGGAAAGGAGAAAGCCUGAGACUCCGAGUGACAUUGAGGUCCUGAGGGAGGCCCUGGAGCCCAGUGGGCCCCUCAUGGUGUCUGCAGAGCUCUCCCUAGAAGCGGCUGAGGAGGAGACCCGCAUCAGCCUCGUGCCCCCGGAAGAGCGCUGGGCCUGGGCUGAGGUGGAGCAGCCAGAGGUCCCUGCACUGCCCGUGGUGCCUGAACUCCCUGAAGUACCGGUGGAGAUGCCUUUGGAGCUGCCCCUGGAGCCCGAGAUGCUCUCACUGGAGGCCGUGCACAGGGCAGUGGCACUGGAGCUGCAGGCCAACAGGGCCCCUGACUUCAGCAGCCUGGUACCGCCUCUCAGCCCCCGCAGGAUGGCCGCCCGGGUCUUCUACCUGCUCCUGGUGCUUGCGGCGCAGCAGAUCCUUCACGUGGAACAAGAGAAGCCAUACGGGCGCCUUCUGAUCCAGCCAGGACCCCGAUUCCACUGUGGUUAGAGACAACUUAUAAAGCUGCCAGGAAACUGGCUAC